UAUACGAGGUGGUUUUUCUCAUUCUGAAGGAGAGCACGAGCAGAAACGACAUGUCGUCUAACACCAAGCAGUCCAGCUACACAAUGACAAAGUCCCCACCUGCCUCCACCAUCAUCCGGAUGGUUUUACUAGGAAGGACGGGCAGCGGUAAAAGCUCCACAGCCAACUUCAUCCUUGGCCGUAAGGUCUUGGACUUGAAGGUCAGCUGUGCCUCAGUCAGCCAGCGUUCUCACAGAGCCAGUGGAGAGUUUCGUGGGCGACAGCUGCUGUUGCUAGACACUCCUGGGGUCCUGGACACUCAUCAAACUCCACAGGAGGUGAGGAGAGAGCUGAGGAGGAGCGUUAGCCUCCUUUUCCCAGGACCACAUGCUUUUCUGAUCGUUGUUCAAAUUGGGAGGUUCUCCCAGGUUGAGAGAGAGGCAAUGCGGCACAUAAAAGAGGCGAUGGGUUCAGAUGCUUUGAGUUUCUCUGUGGUGGUUUUCACACAUGGAGACCGUCUUGAAGAGGGGGUAUCAGUGAAGCAUUGUCUGAUUGACCAGUGCCGGGACCUGGCUGAGCUAGUGGCCAGAUGUGGAGGCAGGUACUGUGUCUUCAACAACCAGAACUUUAAAAACAGGGAUCAAGUAGCUGAGCUGCUCACCCUGGUGGAAGGCAUGAUGCAGAAGAAUGGAGAACGAUGCUUCAACAGCAAGAUGCUCCAAAGAGCUGAAGAAGAACUAGAUCUUCAGCUUGAAACUGAGAAGGAAGAGGAGCGUAAGAAAAACCAAGCUUUGAAAGAGUGGUAUGAAAAGGAGCUAGAGAUGAUUCAGAAGCAAACCAAGAUAGAGCAGGAGGAGCUGAAGAUUAAGCAGGAUCUGGAGAAGGAGAAAGAGGAGAAGCUAGCUAAAGAAUGGGAGGAAGCCUUAAGAGUAGAGGUGGAGGAGAAGAAGUCACAAGAAGUAGCAGUGUUGAUAGAGAUGGAGAAGAGAAAAAGACUAGAUGUUCAGGAGAGGCUGGACAAAAUGACUCAAUUGUUGGAGGAGCAGGUCAAGCGGGAGGAGAACAUGAGGCGGUCGUUGGAAGAAAAGAUCCAGAGAGAAAAAGAGGAGAAUGAGAGGAAAGAAAAGGAAAGAGAACUUCAGCAAAUCCAGAUGGAGCAGGCCAUCAGGCAGAGAGAAGAGAUGGAGAGAGAUGCUCUGCAGCAUGAGUUGGACAAACUCUGCAUUGAGCUAAAGGAGCAAAGCAGGAGGGAGGAGGAGAGAACAAGGCAAAUGGAGGACAUCCUCAGGCAUGAGAGGCAGGAGAAGCAGAGAGAAAUGGACAUACAGCUGGAACACCUUCGAGCUGAGAAAAGGAGAACUGAGGCCUUCAAGCGGGAGUUAAAACUCAUAACAAUCAAGCUU